GACCCCUCCCGAAGCUCCUCCUCCAGCGGCUCCCUGGAACAUGGCAGCCGCCUACAAGGUCGGAGGGCGUCCCCGCUUCACCGUCCGCCCGUUCCGGGCCGGCGACUCGCGGGAGGCCUGCAGGAUAUUCUCGGAGGGUCAGAUGGACAUGCCUUGGCCGGCCUUCCGCCGGGCCCUACGGUCGUCCACCGCGCCCUGUCUCCUCCUGGCCACCGGGGCCGCCGUCUACGGAGCCGGCUGGCCGGUAACCUGGGUCGCUCUGGCCGUCACCGCGCUGCUAGCUCUGAUCUACCUGGCCUGUCGCCAGAUAUACGCCGGGUACGUGAAGCAGCAGCUGGAGACGGACAUGGCGGACAUUGAGGGGGCGUACGUGGGGAGGCCGGGGGCGGGGUUCUGGGUGGGGGAGGAGGAGGGGGGAGGUGGUGGGCUGCGGGGGGUGGUGGCGGCGAAGGAGGCCGAGGCACAGCCGGGCUGCUGCCAGCUCCUCCGUCUCUCGGUCGAUCGGCGAUGCCGCGGCGUAGGCCUGGGCCGCAGACUGACCCGCCGAGUGCUGGAUUUCGCCCGGGACAGCGGAUACCGAGAGUGUGUCCUGAACACCUCCACCGCCCAGCAGCCCGCCAUCCGGCUCUAUCUAGCCCAGGGCUUUCGGGUGACCAGAGACGCCGAGCCCAUGCCCGGACUGGCCCUGCUCUCCUGGGUCACCAACAUCUAUGUAUGCGAGCUGAGGCUACGGCUUGUGGACGUCGGUAAUUCCUACAAGGGGCCACCGUGACAUUGAGAGGGAACGUCAAUAAACGAAACGUCCUGACCGUAAACAGUCUCUGGGCU